AAAUCGCUCUCAAAGUUGCUAUCUUCUUGGCGAUUCCUAACCUAAGAGCGCGCGCGGUUAUUCGAUAGCAGGGUGACGGCGAAAAUAAAAGCGUCGCCUUUUCAAGAACAUUUCCGGAACGACACAACGGAAAAUCUCAAACAAUCCUUGAAGGAAUCGUGAUCUGAGCUUAGACAUCGCAGAAAUGUCAACGGAGGAACAGUCGAAUUUUCGAUUAGGACCCGAUCCCAAUGUCACUUAUCCUAUUCAAGUCCAAUAUUGCGGAAAUUGUUCACUACCUAUCGAGUAUUGUGAAUACUAUCCUGAAUAUGACAAGUGCAAGCAAUGGCUAGAGAGGAAUCUGCCUACUGAAUUUGAAAGAAUGAAAUUAGCUACAGAGGACGGCUCUAUAGAAGCUGGCGGAGGAGAGGAUGAAAAGAAGCGACAGAAGCGAGGUGGCAAGGGUAUGUUGAAAACCAAAAAGAAGGAAGAUAUACCACGGUUAAUUACAGUUUCUAGAGCACCCAGAGGAAAGAAGAAAUCUGUUACAGUUGUGACUGGCCUCAGCACUUUUGAUAUAGAUUUAAAGGUAGCAGCAAAGUUCUUUGGCAGUAAAUUUGCUUGUGGGUCCAGUGUGACUGGGGAUGAUGAAAUUGUCAUACAGGGAGAUGUCAAAGAUGAUCUCUUCGAAGUCAUACCAGAAAAAUGGCCACAAAUUGAUGAAGAUUCCAUAGACGAUCUUGGCGAUCAAAAGAGAUAAGGCUGCAGAUAUUAAGCAUGCACAAUUGUAUUUAAUAUACUAUUUCCAGUCACAUGUUUUAUUAUAAAAUAAAAUGUACAUAUAAAAUAUAUUUAAAUAAGUUAUGUUAAGAU